AAUCCGGAAUCCUUGGGAGGUCCCUACUCCAUUGAAGUUUAAAUGUAAAAUGGUUAGGGUUAGGGUAAGGUUUAAGGUUAGGAACGUCCCAAGGAUUCCGGAUAGCACUGACCCUGGCUUCAGUCAGAGAAGAAGAAGACCCUGGCUUCAGUCAGUGGAGCGUAGGUGACGCGGACAGCUUCAUUGUGUUUGCGGAACACUCUGCCAAUGCGCACUACCACCACUAUCCCAUAACUACCCUCACUGGAAAUCCGUUCUGUCAUCACAGCGACGCGCAACGAAAAGAUAGCAAACAUGUCAGACAAGAAACAGACUGUGGAUUUGGGAUUAUUAGAGGAGGACGAUGAGUUUGAAGAAUUCCCAGCUGAGGAUUGGACGGGUCUGGAUGAGGAUGAAGAUGCCCACGUGUGGGAAGACAACUGGGAUGAUGACAACGUAGAGGAUGACUUCUCUAAUCAACUCCGAGCGGAGCUGGAGAAACAUGGUUCCAAGAUGGAGACGUCGUAGUAGCUGGCUAGUGGACACCGCUGCUGGGAUUAGAUAUGGAUGGACUUUGAUGUUCUGAAUGUUAAAACUUCACACUUACGAUGGAGGAUGUUUAUAACUAAACUCGCUCCUUUUUUUCCAAAAAACCUUGACUUGAGUAAAAUGUUUGAAAAUGUCCCCCUUUGGAUGUUUUCAUUGUUCUAAUGAUCUGUAUUGAUUCAGAUAAUGUAAGAGUUAUCUAAACAUUAAAGGUGGUUCAGUUCACGUA